CCAGCUAGUGUGACAAAGAUCUGGGCUCCGGAGCAUGUGGCCUCUCCUGCUCGCCCUCCCCAUCCCCAACAACCUCUCCCUGGGAGCCGAGACCAUCCCCUCUGUCCGAUCCCCCCUGAUUCAAGGCCACCCUGUGCUCAUCUCAGCCGGCUUCACAGGGAAGGCCGAGGUGUCCCCUGCCACCAGCUCUCAGUCCACGGGGCCAGGAUUGUCCAGACCCUUCCCAAAGGAACAAGGAUGGCCUGGAGACGGUUGGAAGAUGUUUUCAAUAGGCCAGAACAAGAAGAUUUCCCAUGAGGCUCUUUUGAAUCACUUCAAGGAAAAUAAGGUGGAGAUAGCAAAUGCAAUAACAAAGCCAUUUCCUUUCCUUGAAAGCCUCAGAGACCGCUCCUUUAUCACGGAAGACAUCUAUAAUAAAUCUCAGGAAGCCCACAGAAACUUAAUUCCUGUAGAGAAAGUGGCAUAUGAUGUCCUCUGCUGCCUUGAGAAGACCUUUGAUAGGUCACUUCUACAAGUCCUGUUCAGCAGGGUUCAUCUGAAGGAGUAUCCUGCCUUAAUUCAUGUUCUUGGAAUCUUCAAAAAUGUAAUUGAAGACAAAUAUUUUCCCCAGGAAGAUGAUAGCGAGGAGACACAAAAACUUCCCAGCACUGAGCCAAGCUGUGAACAAGGGACAGAGCUCUCCAGAUCUGAAAACCCAGUACAAUCUUGUGUUGUGGAUCUGGUGAAUAUGCAGAAGACGAUUGCAUCUUGUCACCUCAGAACUAACCAAGAAGGCCAGCCAGCAGGGAUAGCGUGUGACCAAGCAUCAGAAAUAAUCAUGAUCAGCAGUGAAUCCAGCGAGGAAGAAGAGCCCCCAGAAGCUCUGAGCUCAGCACCAGGACAAGGCCCGGAUGAGAAGAGCGAGGGCUGCUAGCUUUGGGCUACAGACCAUCAGACAUCUGAAUUCAGAGGUCCUGCUUCCUGACGUGUUGUACUUGGAGUGCACUCUACAGCCGAUGGCCCAGUCGAUGCUGGGAACACAUUCUCUGUACUUACCUCGUGUGCCAUUUUGAAAAAUGUGGCAGACAAGAUCCUAGUCACUGAAUAUGUAUGUUCAUGUGUCAACAUUGGAGUAGAAACAAGCUAGCAUAUUUCUA